AUGUCUCUUCAUUAUUCAAGGUAUAUAAUCCAGUUUCAUCUCGCUGAUAGGACCGAGUUUGAGGAGAAGCGUCAACUUGUGUCGAAGGCUCAUAUCUCGACUUGGUCGAGGAUUUCCGUUCCUGGAGGCCAACUGCGGAUUUUUCAGAAUCAGGGAAUACGCGACCAGAAAUCGAGAUCGGGUUUCGAAGACUUGGAUGAUCUAUCCUACUGGGUUCUUGUUCUUGUUUUUGAUGAUAUUGUUGCGCCUGAUCAGACCCAAUUCUGUAUAGCUUGUCCAUUACAAGGAUCAGGUGAAGAACGGAAAGCAUUAUCGGUGGAGGCGGAGGCGGAGGAUGGAAAGGCUUCCAUUGCUCUGCUGAGAAUUAUUGAGAGGGGUAGUGCUGAAGCAUCGCCGGUAGAGGCUGAGGUAGAAGAUGUGGCAUUAAUGAGCGGGUGUGCGCUUGAGGAUGGCUGGCUUGUUGAGGAAUAG